CCCCAAAAAUCCGACCCGUUCGAAUUUCUCUUCCGCUCUCCCAAAUCCCCAUCUCUCCUCCAGUCCAGUGGAAAAUGAAACCCCAGCAAUCCAACCCUAGCCUCACUUGAUCUUUGAUCCAACUCUAAAUCCUCCGAAGGCCUUAAUCUUUCCUCUCGAAACCCUUUUUUUUCUCCCUUUCUUCUUCAGCAGUCCAGCAUCUUGCCCCUACUCACCUUCUUGAUCCCAUCUAGAAACGCUUGGUUUUCGAUCUCUUUUGGUUGUCUGGCGAUCAGGAUGCCGGCGGUGGCUGAACCUGGAAGCGCGUUCAGGAGCCGGGUUAGGUUUCAAGACCCAGGGGCGGACUCCGAGGCGGCAGAUGGUGGGGGAAAUGAUGCGAAUGGAGAACGGGCAGUCGUCUCCGGUGGGUUUCCAGUACAAAGUUUCGAGCUGCAAGAAGAUCUGUCUUUCUGGAAGGAUCAUAACGUCCAGGUUGUCAUUCGAAUCCGACCCCUCAGCAGUUCUGAGAUAUCCCUCCAAGGACACAAUAGAUGCGUUAGACAGGAAAGUUGUCAAACUAUUACCUGGAUAGGACACCCAGAAUCUCGCUUCACCUUUGAUCACGUUGCUGAUGAAUAUGUCAGCCAGGAAAAGCUAUUUAAAGUGGCUGGAGUGCCAAUGGUAGAAAAUUGUGUGGCAGGCUACAAUAGCUGUAUGUUUGCAUAUGGCCAGACUGGUAGCGGGAAAACACACACAAUGUUAGGAGAUAUAGAAGGUGGAACACGGAGACACAGCAUUAAUUGUGGGAUGACACCUCGUGUGUUUGAGCAUCUAUUCUCAAGGAUCCAGAAGGAAAAAGAGUCUCGAAGAGAUGAAAAGCUGCGAUUCACCUGUAAAUGCUCUUUCUUGGAAAUUUACAAUGAGCAGAUUCUAGAUCUCUUGAAUCCAUCUUCUGUUAAUUUACAGAUAAGAGAAGAUGCAAAAAAAGGUGUGCACGUGGAGAAUCUCACAGAGUUUGAGGUUUCAAGCGCCCGAGAUGUUAUGCAACAACUAAUUCAGGGAGCAGCAAAUAGAAAGGUGGCUGCAACAAAUAUGAACCGAGCAAGCAGCCGUUCUCAUAGUGUUUUUACUUGUGUUAUAGAAAGUAAGUGGGAAUCCCAGGGAGUUACUCACCACAGGUAUGCUCGGCUUAAUCUCGUAGACCUGGCAGGCUCAGAGAGACAAAAGAGCUCAGGUGCUGAAGGUGACCGGCUGAAGGAAGCGACUAACAUCAACAAAUCCCUUUCAACUUUGGGACUUGUUAUUAUGAACCUUGUCAGUAUAUCAAAUGGGAAGUCACUGCAUGUACCGUAUCGAGAUUCAAAACUGACAUUUCUUCUUCAGGAUUCAUUGGGGGGGAAUUCUAAAACCAUUAUAAUUGCAAAUAUAAGCCCAUCUAAUUGCUGUGCUUUGGAAACAUUAAGCACUCUGAAAUUUGCACAGCGUGCCAAGUUCAUAAGGAACAAUGCAAUCAUCAAUGAGGAUGCAUCUGGAGAUGUUCUUAGCAUGCGUCUACAGAUUCAGCAGUUGAAGAAAGAGGUGAAUCGCCUACGAGUAUUAGUCAACUGUGGAGCUGAGAACCCUGAAAGUGAUGGCCUGAGUGCUAGUGUUGCUGGAUCUCCAGGCUCUUUCAAAUGGGAUGCUGGAUUGGGAUCAUUCAGUCCACUUACAUUUGAUAAAAGAAUAUCACAGAGAAAGGAAUAUGAAGCUGCACUAAUUGCAGCUUUUCGAAGGGAUCAAGAUAAAGAGGCAGCAUUGAAGGCAAUGGCUGCUGGGAAGCUGGCUGCAGAGCAGUUGGCUACUCAAAGAACAGAAGAGGUUAGAAGUUUAAAAAUGAGACUCCGUUUCCGUGAAGAAGGAAUUAAAAGGUUAGAAGCAGUUGCUUCUGGAAAGCUGUCAGCUGAAACACAUCUUUUACAAGAAAAGGAAGAACUCUUGAAGGAAAUAGAUAUUCUUCGUAAUCAGGUUGAUCGCAACCCAGAGGUUACUAGAUUUGCAAUGGAAAAUUUGCAGUUGAAAGAAGAACUAAGAAGAUUGCAAUCAUUUGCUGAAGAAGGUGAACGAGAAAUGAUGAAUGAACAGAUCACUGUUUUGCAAGAAAAGUUGAUGGAAGCAUUGGAUUGGAAGCUCAUGCAUGAGAAGGAUCCAGAUGUGGCUCAGGAUCUGUCCUUAUCUUGGGAAUCUUCCACCAACGAGGAAAAUGAAUUCCUGCGUUUGCAGGCUAUUCAAAACCAGAAAGAAACAGAAGCACUUCGUAAAAAUCUUUCUUUCUGCCUUGAAGCCAAGGAAAAGCUGGAGAGGCAUGUGGAGGAGUUAGUCUCACAGCUAGAAGAAGAAAGGAAGUCUGCUCGUCAUCCAAAUAGGGAUAUUCAGGAUGCACAAAUCAAGGACUUUACAGUUUCAGGGGCAAAUGAUUUAUCUCAUGACCAGGUGGAACUUAAAACCAUGGUUGAUGCAAUUGCAGCUGCCAGUCAGCGAGAAGCGGAAUCUCAUGAAACAGCCAUCAUGCUGGCCAAGGACAACGAGCAAUUACGCAUGAAACUAAAAGUUUUAAUUGAGGAUAACAAUAGACUGAUUGAACUCUAUGAGGGGGCAGUCGCGGAAGGUUCUGCUAAUCAGGCUGGGAAUGCUCCUAAAAUGAAGAACUCAGAAAAUCAAGUUAACUGCUUGGCAGAUUUUAGUGAAGAUGGUCAUGAUAAUCUCAGUGAUGAUAACUAUGAUCCAGGACCUAAGGAUGUCGAACACCUGGAACAUCAGCUCCUUGAGAUGCAUGAAGAGAAUGAGAAACUGAUGGGUCUGUAUGAGAGAGCCAUGCAUGAGAGGGAUGAAUUCAAAAGAAUGCUUUCUUCUUAUGAAUCUAAUAAAUCUGAGCACAAAGAAGAGACGAAGUGUCCAGAAAAGUUGGCUGAAGUGGAUGAAGAAAGAGUCUACGAAAAUCAAGAUAAGGUUAAGCUUGAGGAACAUGCCAUGCAUGCAGAAGUGUCUGAAGAAAAACUGCAUCUUGUCAGAGGUAAGUUGGAACUGGUGGAAGAUAAGCUUGCAACCACAGGGCAAGCUGUUCAAUUCUUUGGAUUGCUUGAAGAUGCAAGCACCGAGGUAGAUGAGCUUUUGGAGAACAUUGGAGUGACGGAUCUGGAUGUUCAGCUAAAGCAACGGGAGAUUACAGCCCUGAAGCAUGCUUUGUCCCAAAUACAUGAAAGAAAAACUGGUGUGGAUAACAAGUUCUUGGCUCUGAAGUUUGCAUCGAAUAGUUUCUGUUCAAAUGUUCAAUACUGGGAAGAAAGAGAAGCCCAGGCUAGGGCAAGGGUUGAUGCAUGCUCUUCACAUCUGGAGCAAAAGCAUGAAGAACUUAGACUACUUAAAGUCCACAAGGAUGAAAUUAGUACUGCCUGUAUCAAGGCUAGGCACUCUGAAUCUGAGUUGAGAAGCAACAUUGAUUGUCUGAAAUUGAAACUCCAAGAUGCAGAAACUAGAAGAAAGGAGACUGAAAAGGUUUUGUUUGCAAUUGAUAAUUUGGAUAGAUCUGACUUGUCCACACACAGGGGCCUGAAUUUUGGUAAAGCUUCUGAACUGCUCAAGUCUGAGGAGGAGAGAACCCAGCUCUCAGCUGAAAUGAAGCAGUUAAGGGAACAGCUGGCUGCUGUACAGAAGGAAAUUGCAAAGUGGAUGAAGAAGUCCGAAGCGCUGGAUAUGAAAAUUCAAAACCUUGAAAAAGAAAUAAGAAGUGGGUUGCUCUCACUGCAAGAGUCAGAACAUGGGUUGCAACAGGCUGUUAGAGACAAGGAGAUGCUCUUAGAAAUGAGAGAGGAUGCGAGGAUUGAGCUGGGAAUAUUGUUAGUUGAGUAUCAGGAGUGCAUCUUUGAAUUGGAUCUGAAAGAAGGGGAGAUUAAGUUGUUUGAAGAAGCAGCGCAGCGAGAAGUGAGCAGCCUGGAGGGCCUGAGGGCUAAACUAGUUGUGGCAACACAGAAGUUGAACCAGUUGUUGGAGGAUAAUAGAAGAAUAACACUCUCCAACUCAGAAGAAUGUUCACAAUAUGUUUCUAUUGCUCAGAAGGUAGAACGAGAGCUUGAGCAUGUUCAGCUGUCGGUAACUGAAGCUAAGUCCAUGUUACUCAGUAGCAAUUCAUAGUUUAUUCAAUUGCCUACGCUGUUGUUGGCAUUGAUUAUCUUCAUCGAUAAUCCUGGGCGCUAGUAGAUGCUUGGAUUUGCUAAUCCAGCUUUGCUUUUGUAUUGUAUUAUCCAUUUUUCUUUUUCAUCUGUACAUGUGAAUCUAGUAUAUUCAAAUUUGCUUUUGUGCACU